CCAAAGAAUAGUACAGCGUUCCAGGAUAGUACAGUGAUGACCAGCAUCUUGAAGCAUAAGGCAUUACUGACUGAACCGAUUGGCAAGCCUCUAAAUAACCACAAAUGCAUAGCGCCAGGUUGUCCCAGCAUCGGAGAGCGCAGACGUGUGCGCUAUUUUCGCCUGCCUUCAGAUCAGCAAAGACGCAACCAGUGGCUGGCCAACUCUGAUCGUCAGGACCUCAAGAGCCAGUCUGAAAAGAGCCUCUACACCAGAGUGAUGUGCCAGCUUCAUUUUCACGACUCGCAGUUCAUGAAUCCACAAACAUAUCAGCGCCUCAUCUGGAAUGCCGUUCCCACACUAUUUGGCAAAGAUGUGCGCAGGCUAGAAGACUUUGAGCCUAAAGAGGCAGCAGUGAAACCGGACCACCCAUAUACUGUGCCAUCGCCUGAAUUGCCACCAUCAUCAGCAGCAUUACCACCAGCACCACUGGCACCAGCACCCCCAUUAGCUGACUCCCUGCGUCACUAUGUAGCCCUCUGCACUGAGCUUAAGAGCCAGCUGGCUGAGAAGGACAGGCGACUGAAGGCCCUGGACAAAUUCAGUGAUGGCAUUGUAGACAGUGUGGUCAACCAAGUCAAAAUUUUGCCAUCUGAGAAGCAGCAGCAAUUAGUCAAUGCUCUUAGUCCUUUUGGGAAGCUGAACAAGGAUGAAGGCACAUCUAAAGAACCCAAGGUUCGUGUGGAAGUCCUUUUGAUAAGCAGAAAACAUCCAGGCCACACCCUGCUUGGCUUGCGUACCAGAUGCACAUGGGCGAGGGGUCUCUACAUGGUUCCUGGGGACUUCUUACACUUUGGAGAAUCUUGGGAGGCAGCCGCCGUACGUGUUGCUAAGGAGGAGACUGGCCUUAUUCUCAUCGAGCCACGUGUCUGCUCAGUGGUGGAGAUGGUGCGAGCAUCUGAGGGAUAUCAUUGGAUCAAUAUAUUCAUGGUGGGCAAGCUGGCCGAUCCAGAAGCAGAGCCAGCAGCAUCCGAUGAAGCUGUGUGCACAGGGUGGCACUGGUUUGCGUGGGAUGCACUGCCUGGUGAAGAGCUGCUUUUCUGGAGUCUGCGUGACUUGCGUCGAGAGAACGUGCUUGAUUUAACUGUCUUCCAAUAAUAGCCAGCAGCUGAAAUGUACAUAUGUAUGCGUAAAAGAAAGUGACCAGUGUAAAUAAUGUAUGUAAACAGUGUGUGUUGUAUAUAUAUGUCUUACAGUACCAAGAAAUAUAGAUUUUUUUAAUAUCAUCU